AUGGAACACUCACUGCAUGCACACCUCCCUCUGAAUGUUCCAUCACCUGUCAAGGCCAUGAUGGAUAUCUACAGGAACACUCUGUAUAGUAUCCAACAUGAAAAAGACCGAGGACAGGGCUGGGAGACUGAUGAUGGAGCUACUGGUGGUGGUGACAACGAUGACGGUGACAGUGAUGACGACGACAAUGAUGAUGACAACAAUGACAAUGACAGCGAGACUGAUGGCAGAAGUGGGCUGGGUACUCCCAGCAGAAGCACCAGAGAUGUUCAACGGGCACUAUACACCAAACCAGCACAGUCCCUAUCUCCAUCGCCCUUGGUUGAAACUGGCAAGCUUCCUAUGCUGGUAUCUAGGACCCCUACUCACCUCCAGCUGCAAAGUGCCCUCCAGAAUGCAUCCCCAACAAGAGCCCUUGUGAAUGGGACACCUUCCCGAACACCAGCAUCAGUUCCCACUCACACAUUCCUCCAUCCAACAGUCCAGGUGAAUUGGAAUGCACUGCCAAGGCCAGCAGUGGACAUCUAUGACAAGCUGGAAAAGGCAAAGAUGCAUGAUGAGCAAUAUGAGCAGAACGACAUGGGAAAGAAAGUGGCAGAAGCUGCAAAGAAGGCAUGCCAGGAUGCCCAAAAAGAUAAGGAGGUCACAGCUGCAAUAGAGAAGCAGUAUAAGGCUGCUAGGGCACAAGCAUGGAAUGCUGCAAAGGAUGAACAUGUACUCCAGGAUGUGUGGAAGGAGUAUGAUAAGGGGCAUGGGAGGUCAGAAGAAGGUGCCAUUAGAGAUACUGAAGUGCUGGAGCCACCAUCAUCCUCACAGGAGGCAUGA